AUGACUGGCGAGGUGCACGAGUUUUUCCUGACCAUGAUGGCCAUGGGGUUGGCGGCGUCGAUCGCCAGCGGCACCGCCCACGGGCUACAGCAGGCGAUCGCCACCUACGCGGCAGUGGUGGCGGCGGCGCUGGGGCUAGCUGGCGUGGCCCCCGCCGCCAGCGGCGCUGUCGCAGCCGAGGCGAGGCAGGCUGCGCCUGGGGCGGUGGUGGGCGGGCAGGCGGCGAGGUCGCUGGCGGGCGCGCAGCUGCAGUUCAAGCUGAAGACCAUCCAGGUGGCAUCGGUGGCGCUGGGGACACUCAUCACCGCUGCUCACGUCAUGGAGCGCUUGACCCUGCGAGCAACGGCCGCAGUAAAGGAGGCAGCGGCGGCCUCUGACGCAGGCUCAGCCACCCCCGUGCUCGCGUUCGCCACAGCCGCUUCUAGUGUGUCUGCCCCCAAGGCCAACCCUGUGGAGCAGCAGCAGGCGAGCAGUCCUGACAGCAGGCAGGCUGAUGUGCCGGCUGCAGCCGCUGGGGACCAGCAGGCAGAGCAGCGGCUAGGGGACGCUGUUGUGGCUGUGACUGAGCACCAGGAGGUAGCUGUGGAGCACCAAGAGCCUGCGGCUGGGGUGGCAGCAGACAGCGUUGCAGCAGCUGCCGAGGAGCAGAAGGAGACACCUGCCGCUGAGCGAGCUGCUGAAAUAGCAGCUGCAUCGGUGGAGGUAGAUGAGGAGGCGGCGCAGCCUGUGCCCACCCUGGCGGCUGGCAGGCAGCUGUUGGCAGGGAGCUGGCAGCCCAGCGUGCCGCUUACGCCCGGCAGGCAGAUGGGUGCAGGCAGCUGUGGACUGGCCGAGCGGCUGGCUAUUGCAGCGCCAUCCAGUGCAGUGGUGGUGGAGGCAGCGGCAGCUGUCGAGCUGGCAGCAGCAGCGGUCCAGCUGGCCCAUGCUGCAGUGGAAGUGGCAGAGGCGGUGGCAGCUUCACACGAUGAAGACGAGGCGGCAGCUGGCGAGGCAGACAUGGAGCUUGUGCCAUCUACUCAUGCACCAUCGGCAGCUGCGCAUCUGACUGCUUGCGAUGGGGCAGAGGCAGAGGAGGCCGCACCAGUGGGCGAGCGGAAGGCUGGCGAGCAGGAGGAGGGGCCGAGAGCUGAUGCUGUCCCAGCCGAGGCGCAGGAGCAGCAGAUUAACCAGAUGGAGCCGCCCAACGGCGAUGCUGUGCGGCCCGGCAUGAGCAUCGAGGAGGCAACCACGGAUGUGAAGCGGUGGAUGGCGGCAUGGCAUAGCGGCAGCGCGGGUGAGCAAGAAGCACCGGCAGGGGCGGAGGCGGCCCCCGCCGCAACAUCUGCCGCCGCUGAGGACAGUGACAGCAAGGAGGCGCCACCUGCCAGUGACAGCAAGGAGGCGCCACCCGCCAGCGGCGCGGAGGAGGAGGAGGCCAGCCCCAUUGCUGCGGCAGCUCCCAUCACCCGCAUCACCGAGCCGUCCCUGCCUGGCAUUGCGGCUGCUGUGCUGGCUGCCAUCACCGCUGAUGCGCCGGUGGCCUCCACUCCUGUGGCGGCAGGCGAUGCCUCCAACGGCGCCGCUGCUGCCGCCCAGGAGGCAGAGGGGCAGGCAGCCGAGGUGGUGGAGGCAGAGCAGGAGCCUGUGCUGGCCCUUGCAUUGGCGGCACCUGUGGCCCCCGUCCCCGUCGGGCCGUCCACCCAGGAGCGCGAGGCUGCCUACAAGGCACGCAUUGCUGCCGUGCUGGCUGAGUCAAAGCUGGCGGGAGGCAUGCACGCACCUGGGCACGUUGCUGCAGGUGCCGCCGGCGGCGCCCUGGCGGCCUCCCAGUCGCAGCAGCUGCAGCCGCAGGCCCUGCGCAACAAGCACCUGGCGAUGCGCAGCAAGGGCAUGGACUGCCUGCAGGGCGCCCCCAGCUUCCAGCGCAUUGCACCGCACCCGGCCUCCGGUGCCGCCGCGGCCCCAAGCCCCGAGUGGGUACCCGCCUCCUACCAGCCGCACCAGCGCCAGGCUGCCCAGGAGGAGCUGAUGGCACGCAGCAACCGCAUCCUGCAGAACCUGGCAGCGCUGGAGGCAGCAGAGCGGCGGCAGCAGCAGGAGGCGGCACCCUCGCGCUUUGCUCGCGUCAUGGCCAUCGCUCACUUCGCCUGGCAAGCGCUGCUGGGCCUGUGUCUGACGCUGCUGGCAGGGCUGGCAGCGGUGUGCCGGGCGGCACAGCGCGGGGCGGGGCGCCUGGCAGACCGCCUGACCGGCAUCAGCGAUGGCGACGAGGACAGCAGUUCAGGCGCCCCAACCUUUCCACCCCCGGGCAUGUUGCCUGGCGGCGGCGCCACGCCCGGCGUGAGCGGCUUCCAGCGCUGA